UCUUCACGCUGCCGCCGGAGCCGGUGCUUCUGAGGAUUCAUCGGUGGCAAUGUCCGAGCUUCCCGGAGAGAGCAGGAUCCCGGACCUGAGCCCCAUGAACGGCGUCGGCGACGUCCUGCAGGCGGGACUGGGCGGAGGCAGUCCGGUCCCCGAAGCCCAGGAAGACCCGCUGGCCACAGCCUCCCAGCCCAUGGCGCCGGCCCCGGGCCUGGCUCCCGGGCAGUUCCCCGGCGUGGCGGGCCUGAUGGCGAUCCCGCACGUCCACGCGCCGCUCCUCCUCCUAGAGCUGUACGAGCAGCGGAUGUUCGAACACUAUCUGCACACCAACCCCCUGAUCCCCACCAGGCUGCUCCACGACAUCGAGGAGCGCCGCCGGGUGUUCGUGGAGGGCUGCAGGGCCAGGGAGGCGGCCUUCGACGCCAACCCCCCGCAGAUGGACUCGCACGCCCGCGCCUUCAUGCUGGCGCUCACGGCCUCCGACGCCCGCGGCCCCACCGCCGACUGAGGGGUGGCCUUCACCUAUAACCUCCGAGGAAGGGGGCCGGAGGACCGGGACUUCAAGGUCAUCCUCCGCCAUGUAGCGAGUUGGAGGCCAGCCUGGGCUACAGGAGACUGUCUUUUAAAAAUAAAAAAAAUAAAAAUAAAAGAUUGGUGGCCAGGAAGUCAGGUGACUCUUAGAAUCAAGGGCAAAGGCAGAU